ACCCCCACCAGACCACGCCCCUCCGGCAGCCGCUCGGGAUGUUCCGCGGGUCCGGGAUGAAGAGCGCGAGGCCGAGUUUCAGAAGUUACCUGCCGCCGGCGGAGCGCUCCUUUCCGAGCCGGGCCGAAGUGAGCCGGGUGUGUGAGGCCGCGCUGUUGCCGGGGGAACUUGUUGUGAGUGAGACCAGUAAUGUCCGAAAAUGUAUUGCUACAGACACAAAUGCUCAUGAUCUCUCUGGGACGCUGCUAUGCACCAACUUCAAGAUCUCCUUCAUCACAAAAGAUGUGACACCUUUUCGGAAAUUUCAGUUCAGAAAUCUGCUGUUGGAGGAACAUGACAUCUCUCUUACCUGUGUGGAACAGGUUGUGGCAGUGAAUGAUGAGAGGAAGAAGAGGAAGGUUUUGGGGCCUAAUCAGCGCCUGAAGUUUAAACCUACCGAGCUGAUCAUCUACUGCAAGGAUUUCCGUAUCAUUCGCUUCCGUUUUGAUGAAUCUGUUCCAGAAUCAGCCAGAAAGAUCUGCCUUGUGAUUGCACAUUACUCUCAGCCUAAAGAUCUCCAGCUACUGUUUGGGUUUGCAUAUGCCAAAGAAAAAUGCCAAAAUUCAGUUGACAAGGUGAAUGGAACAGACUCAGAAGCAUAUGGACUACAGACCUCACUGUUUGAAACCUACUCUGACUGGGAUAGGGAGAUAAAGCGGACAGGGGCUUCAGAGUGGAGAGUUAGUUCUGUCAAUGAGCACUAUGCCACUUCCACUAGCCUUCCAGAGUACUUUAUUGUUCCAUCUUCUCUGGCGGACGAAGACUUGAAACAGUUGGUUCCUUCUUUCAACGGUGACCGAAUCCCGAUGUGGUGCUGGCAUCACUGGACUGGUAGUGCCCUGGUGAGAAUGGCCAACAUUAAACCUGGGCCAAAGCUGAGAAAGCACAACACAAGGAUCCUUAAGGCAAUAGCACAGAGUCAUCCAGACAAGAGUGAGGUAUUUAAAUCUGAUUUGGAUAAGAGCUUACCGAAUAUAUCAGAGGUGCAGGCAGCAUUGAUGAGACUCAAGCAACUGUGCAUUAAUGAUUUAUUUGAAGAAACAGAUGAGAAGUGGCUGUCCUUAUUGGAAAACACUCGGUGGCUAGAAUAUGUCAGACUGUUCUUGAAACACUCUGCAGAACUCGCACAGUGGAUGUACAGUGAGAACAUUUCUGUCAUCAUUCAGGAGGAGGAAGGAAGAGAUCUGAGCUGUGUGAUAGCCUCAGUGAUGCAGGUUAUGUUGGACCCUCAUUAUCGUACAAUGCUGGGAUUUCAAAGCCUAAUUCAGAAGGAGUGGGUUGUGGCUGGUUACCGCUUCUUGGAUCGUUGUAACCAUCUUGGAGAAUCUGAGAAACAAGAGUCUCCUCUGUUCCUGCUGUUUCUGGACUGUGUGUGGCAGCUACUGCAACAGUUUCCAGCCGCAUUCGAAUUCACUGAGACCUACCUGACUGUCUUAUACGAUAGCUUGAGGAUUCCCCUGUUUGGAACCUUCCUUUUCAACAGCCCAUAUCAGCGGAUGCAACAGAGUCAGGACUUUGCCACCAAUGGGAACCUGCACUGUAAAGGGAAAGGUAUUGAACUACCCCCUGUCUGGAACUGGUUUCUUCAGUUUACAGCUAAAGAUCUGACGCUGUUCAAUAAUCCUCUGUACAUUGGCAAAAGCAUGACUUGUGUGCAAAAUGGAACAGUCAAAUCCUUCAAAAGAGCAAAGAAGAAUUCAUCGUCCUCCAUCUAUUCAGUAUACACGAUGAAGAAUGGAAAGCUUAGUGACCAGCACAACAUUUUCCCACGUCGAAACUCAAUUCAAAGACCAAGCACUGAUUUAGUGCAGCUUAAUGAGAGCCAUGAUCGCAAUAUGGAACGUUACUUCAGGGACUGGUUCUCAAAGCCCCUGGACUUGCAUGGUAUCAUCUUGCCUCAUCUCAGCAGUGCACAUACCCAGCUCUGGAAGCAGUGUUAUUUACGCUGGAUCCCUGAGGCACAGAUUACCAAUGGAGGAUUUAUCUCUGCAUUUCACAAGAUCUCUAUGUUGGCGGAUGACAUUGAAACUCUCCAGCAGCGUCUUCGCCAGUAUUGGAGUGACCCUUGCCUAUCCAGCUUUCCCAACUCUUACUGUCAUAGAAUGUAUUUCCAGACCAAAGAUUUCAGUGAAGCACCUGGAACAUUUGACUAUUUCUCCUCUUCUUUCCCUUUCUCCCCUGUUGGGAAUCUCUGUCGACGAAGCAUUCUGGGAACUCCAUUAAGCAAAUUUUUGCUUACUGCUGCCAAAACUUGGCCUUCUACAGAAACCCUGGCCAAUGAUGAUUGAAGACCCUUGGAGUGGGAAGUGAGGCAUUGGCAUCCCAGCAAAGGCUAAAAGCCAAACCGAAUCAAACUGAACACUGCUGUCUGACACUGACAAGUAAUAGAUAUGCAAAAUAAUAGAAAUUUGCACAGAUUUUUUUAAGAGGGUAAGCACUCAAUGUAAAUGCAUCACAGCUCCAAGAGGGUUUUUGAAACACAUUUUAUGUUGAAGAAACCUUUUGGUGUUUCAUCAAAAUAAUUGCAACCAUAAGCUGCCACUCGUUGCCUACUCUUUGUUCGAAGUCCUUCUACUGGGUGGUGACAGUGGAUUAGACACUGGUGAUUUACCUCUGGGACCAGUCUGAUGAGCUGAAACUCUGCCAGCAGUAUGACCCUGACAUAUCUUGACGAUGUGACAGCAGAAACAUUGCACUAAUUGUAAUGUCACUGGGUGCCUUAAAGUGUUCCUCAGCACUUUUACCUUAAUGGCCAACUGUGCCUAAAGAGUUUUUAAAAAUUCCAAUAAUUUUAAGGAAUACUUUUCCAGAAUAAAUUAUUUUUUGUACAUUUUAAAAAGAGAAUUUCUGACCAGCUUUGAAUUUGGCUGGCAACAAGGUGAGUAUUGGGACCUUGGGGUUGACCAUGAUCCUGUGAUGGAGAAAUAAGUUCCAUUAGGCUGACAGUGCUGGCUGUCACUGGGAUACAGUUCCUGAUGGUGCUGGCUCUUGCACUGCAGUCUCUGGACAAACCACUGGAUAUAGGCAGACCUCAGCUCUAAGAUCAUUUAUCUCAAACAUUUUUAUAAUUGAUUGGCAGCAUAUUUCCACAUGUGAAAUUUCAAACAGUUGCAAUUCUAUUGUUAGCUGCCACCCCUAAAGCAGUUGUUGGAUGGAGCAGCAGAGAGUGCUAAUGCCUGCAACAAGAGAACUGAGGGCUUAAAACUGCCUGAUGGUGGGAACUGUAACCUUGUGGUUUGUGUGGUUCAGUAAUAUAUAUAUAUAAUCUUUUUGGCAAAAUUCCUCUCCACUAAGUGCUGGAUGUUGUUUUUGAACUGUGAUUAAUUUAUACCUAACUCUGUUGUAAUCACAUAAAGCAGCUAUAUUUUCUGGUGACACAUUGGGGCCAUGUGUGUGGGGAGCCUGACAUAAAUGUACUGCCAUGGCAACUGUCCAUAGAUGCCUGAUAGAAACUGAACAUCUAACAAUUUGGAGUGGGCUGAAAUUCUGAACUCACAGGAAAUUGGCUAGUUUUUACAAUUCCUAUGAAGAACGAGGUCGCCAUAACGCAGUAAAACGCUGCACUGCUAUCAAGUUUGAUCUGAAAUGACUUGUUUAAUUUUAAAUUGUGAAUUAAGAUUCCAAGUGGCUGGACAGUUUUUUUUUGCCAGAAGAAAAUUUGAGAUUAAUGGGUGUCUGCAUUCACAGUUACCCUCAGUAAAGAUAACUUGAACCUGCCCAAUUGUCAUUCAUCUAAAGAUGUGUUAUCUACACAAAAUGCUAAGUGGGAAAGCUGUAGAAUCUGACCUGAUAAGACUGUGAGGAAGGAUCUGAAAGCUUAUCCUGUAUCAAUGAGUUGUCACUUCCAUAUGUCUCCAGUGUGGAAUGAAUUCUGGAUCUUGCAGAUUCCCAUUGGCUACCCUCUAGCUUAAAUUGCACAAGUUUUACUUUUUUGUUGUGAGGGUGGGGAGAAGGUGGCCUUUGCCAUCUUGCCUAGCAGUGCCUUGUUUGAGUGUAAUCUAGAGGUAGGGAAUUAAGAAAACAUUAAAGGAAAUGAAAAGUGCCAUUUAUCCUGCAGGUCUGUUGUUUAAUGGAAGUUCAGUGUAAGUUAAUGUAUUGGGUGAGUUUCAACUUCAGUCUGAAAUGGGACUAUUCUGACACAUUUAACGUAUGUCUGCUUUCAGAUGUUUGGUGACUUGCUGUGUAUUUCCACAAUUUGCACUUUUUCUCUAUUGAUUUGAAUCUGUUUUAGACCUACCAGCUUUCAAACUGAGCAAGCAGAAACAUUGUUGGACAAAUAUUUCAUCACUGUCUAAUGGCUCUUGUUAACAACUCAGCUGAGCCAUAGUGAAGAAUUACAAGUGUGGUUCAGUAGCUAGCGAUAUUAUGUUACACAGAACUGUGCAGCUUAGGGACAGGCCCUUUGGCCAACAGUGUUGUGCUGAAUGUGACACCAAAUGAAACUAACCCCUUUGGCCUGCCCUUGGUCCAUAUCCCUCCAUUCCUUGCAAUAUUCAUUUGCUUACCUAAAAGUCCUUUAAAUGCCCUUAGACUUCUCAAGGAUUUCAUUCCCAGAAUUAAGAACCUAAUGAUGGAAAACUCACCACCUGUAAUACAAUGGGGCAAAGAUUUUCCCCAUCUUUCCUGAUAUCCAGUAGAUAAUGCACUGGCCGGGCAUUAACGGAUGUGCAGGUUUGGACCUGAACGUCUGAACUUGUUUACCUUUUUGUCUUCGUAUUUUAGAAAAUAAUUCUAUUUUUUAAAAUCCCACUGAGCUACUUUCUAGUCUGACUUGGAGUUUAAAUCUAGUGCCGUGCUGUGUUGUGUUCUCUGGUUAGUCUCUUUCCUGGUUGACAAAUGAUGUUGCUAUGCACAUUUCCCAGUCUUGUUUUAAAUCAGGCAGGGGUACGUUAUUUGAUGUGACUGAUUUUGUAUCCUUGUUUCUAACACAGUCCUAUACAUAACAUGUCUGAUUUGAGCAUUCUGUACCAGGCGAGUGUGUAUGGACUCAGGUAACCAGAAAUCUGCUUAAUAUUUAACAGCAAAUGCUGCAAAAUGGACAGAAACCCCUCAAUAGGGAAUGUUAAUAUUUAAGCUUCUGCAACAAAUAUAAUUUGUUCUUUUACACUUUUUGACUUAGUGUUUCAGACUCCAGAAUCCGGGUCUUUUAAACAAGGGAAUUGUUCAUAAUGCUUUGAUCUAAAACAAACCCUUAAAGCUAAAAAUUAUCAAACAAGAAACUGCACCGAUCCUCAGCAAGUAGAAUGACUGAUUCAAAUCCUUUUUUGCCUUUUAGUAAUAGCAAAGGUAUCCAAUACAAGAUCUGUUUUUUGUUUGCAUCACAAAUGGGUUGGAAUGUGCAAUGUAUUGCUUUUCUUUGUUUGGUUAUACCUGUGUACUGCUAUUUAUUCAGCACCUGUUUUUAUUUAAUUCCAGGUUUAGCAGGUGUUGCUGUCAGCUGGAGCUAGGAGGGGAGGGCUGGGUGUUAGCUGCUAUGCACCAUGUGCAUUAUGUAUUUGCAAACCUGUACUUGUUCAUCCUGUGUGCCUCAAAUAAAGCAAUAAAUAAUUUGGUGUAAAU